AUGGAGGAUAUCGUGUAUUACAGACACGAUCCAUUCGGACGCCGCGUUGUGCGAGAAGCCACCGUGCCCCGAAAACUCGCUGAAGAAAUCGCCAAGGAGCGCGACCUCUACCGUCGCGAACUCGAGCGUGUUCAGCGCGAGAAUCAGGCACUUCGCCAGCGCGUCGCGAGCGACAAAACACAGCUUUCAUCACAAAACGCCGCCGCGAACGCGUCUGCCCGCGAAAGCAAGAUCGCAGACCUCGAGCUGCUCAACCAGAAGUUGCAGCGCGAGCUCGAGGCUCGCAUCUCUGAAUCCAGAGAGCAGGCCAAGACCAUCGAGGUGCUCGAGCGAGAGCUCGAGGCUAUCGAGGAUGCGAUCGAGCCUCCUGAAGAGCAGGAGGCUGCGCCCGAGGACAACGCGCCGGAGGAGGACGAACCGCGUGCUCCUGAACUCCACGACGCUGCCAGCGAGAUCGAGCGCGAGCGCGUCCGCGCGGUCAAGCGCGCGCAGGAACUGCUCGAGGAUCUCGAGCGCCUCCAGCGCAAGCAAGACGAGGAGUCUGACGCCAGAGCUCGCGCCGCAAAGCGCGAGGUGGUGUCCGCAUACCUCGAGCUUCGAGACAACCUCUCCCGCGCCAUUGUUCAGGCGCGCGACCACGGCUCCUCGUGGGCCGACGGUAUGGAGGCGCUGCGCGAUCAGUUCGACGCCAUCAACAAAAGGCUCGGCGUCGAACGAUUCGGCGAGGUCGGGGAUACGUUCGAUCCCAAGGUUCACGAAGCCAUCGGCGCGAUGCAUGUCGAUGACUUGCCUCAGGACAGCAUCGCGCACGUCGAGCGCGAGGGCUUCCGGUUCUCCGAGGACGACCUGUACGAGGUGCUCGGCGUCCCCGAGAACGCCGAUGAGCGCACCAUCAAGAAAGCUUACCGGGCGUUGGCCAAGAAGAAUCACCCCGACGCCAACCCUGAUAACCCCGCCGCCGAGGCGCGCUUCAAGGAAGCGAGCGCGGCGUAUGAGGUCCUGUCCAACCCCGAGAAGCGCGCGCUCUAUGACGAGUUCGGCGUGGACUCGCUGCGCCAGGGGUUUGACGCCGAGCAGGCCAGAGCCUUCAAGAAUGCCUAUGGGGGAGGUGGCUUCCGAGGCGCUAGACCAGGUCAGGGCUUCGGGUUCGACUUUGGCAACGGCGCCAACGUGAACCUCGAUCCGAACGACCUCUUCGAAGAGUUGUUCGGUGGCUUUGGCGGCGGGUUUGCUGGCAGAAGACAGCCACGAUCGCCACGGGUCGCGCGAGGCCAGGACCUUCGCGCCUCGGUCACGCUCGACUUUCGCGCUGGCGCGCUCGGCGCGCGACGCGAGUUUCACUUCGAGGGAGGGCGCUCGAUCAAGGUCAACAUCCCGAGCGGCGUCGAGGACGGCGAGACCUUGCGCCUUCGCGGCAAGGGGAUGCCAGCGCCAAAUGGUGUCGAAGGGGGCCAGCCUGGAGAUCUCCUGCUCGAGAUCCAUCUGACCGAGGACGAGAACUUCUCCCGUGAUGGGCUCGACCUUCACCUCGACAUCCCACUGACUCUUGGCGAGACCUACCAGGUCAAGCAAGUCGAAGUCGUCGAGUACAAGCAGAAGGUCGAGCCCAAGAAGGCCACGGGCCACGGCUGGCUUGGCAUUCAGAUCAUGACCCUGAAUCAUCACCGCGCCAAAUACGCGGGCGUCGCUAACGUACGCGGCGUGCUGAUCACGGGCAUCAUGGACAACUUCCCCGCCCAGACUUCCGGCUUUGCUCCCUAUGACAUCGUGACCCACUUCGACGGUCAACCUGUCACCACCGCACCUCAACUCAAGUGCCGUGUGAUGGGCUCCGAGCCCGGCGCUCGCGUCCCCGUCAAGGUGAUCCGCAAGGGCCAGACGCUCACGCUCUACCCGACGCUCGGCGAUCGACCUCGCGAGCUCGUGAGGCGCUGA